CGCGCCGUUCAAUCUCCAUCAGUCCGUUGCAAGAUGGAUGUUCUGCCCUCCAUUGGGUUAGCAUGCGGAGUUCCGUGAGAAUGGGGGUCGUCUGGGUGGACUGGGGUGUCGUGGUACAUAAGUACGUGCGCCGCCAGUGCUUCACCGCGAGACCGCGUACUAAUCCGGUACCACCGACGGCACAGGCGCGCACUCUAUCGCGACGCACUUGGAUGUCCGACUCCGAGGAACGGCGCUCAUACAUCAGGGUGCGCGCGACGGGCGGGAAUUACGUGACUGUACAUAUAUGGAACCCUCUGCGGUUGUUUCUUUCUCCAGGUGAGUCCGUCCAUCAUGAACCUGAAGUCACGGUGCGUUGUCAAUUGUGUCAUUUUCUCCACAGGAAAACUCGCCAUUCAGCGAGACAUGGACUUGACAGACCUGUCUUUUACACGUCCAUCAUGGGUUCAGUCCUGUACCGGAGGUACGGUAGUCUCCGGAGGUACGGCGAAGCCAUGGCCCCGAGGUGUGAACGGAUGCGGGUAGCCCGACACAUGGUCGGCGCGCUGUACGGCAUCCUCGCUUGUGGACAUAUGUACGCGACGUGCGUAAGUCGAUUCCAGCAAGCGUACUACUACGCUGCUACCUCGCCGAGCGCGUGUCAUGGGGUCAGUACGGCUGGGCAAUCGGAAGCCGGUCUUGUCAAUGCAUACAGUAAGUACACCACCGGGGUUCAUCGGACAGUUUCAGGUAUACGUGAGCGGACUUUGCGUGCUGUCGCACUCACACAGGUCCCUGGGGCGCGAUUGGUGCAGUUGAAGGCGACCACCGGACGGUCGCCUCGUACAUCGCGGAGCCGACUACGGAGGUUCACGAAUGAUCCCUUCACUUUUGGGUUUGCUACAUAUCAUUCACAGUAUCACGAAGCUAAACAGGAGUGCUUGAUAGAGCACACUCCAUUGCCUCAUCAUCUGAUAGCACACCUGGUCAAAUGGAAGAACUGUUCGCUGAAUGCGCACCACCCUUCUCGUGUUCAGACA